GUUUUCUAGUUUUUGUUUUUGUUAUUCUGCUGAGCGGAAGUGCAGUGAUGUCAGUGGCGGGGCUGAAGAAGCAGUUUCACAAAGCCACGCAGAAAGUCAGUGAGAAGGUCGGAGGUGCAGAAGGAACCAAGUUAGACGAUGACUUCAAAGAAAUGGAAAAGAAGGUGGAGGUCACCAGCAGGGCGGUGCUGGAAAUCAUGACCAGAACCACAGAAUACCUGCAGCCUAAUCCAGCUUCUAGAGCUAAGCUAAGCAUGAUCAACACAAUGUCAAAGAUCCGUGGACAGGAGAAGGGACCUGGGUACCCGCAGGCCGAGUCCGUCCUGGGUGAAGCCAUGUUGAGGUUUGGACGAGAGUUAGGAGAGGAGUCCAGCUUUGGCCUCGCUCUGGUGGAUGCGUCCGAGGCGAUGAAGGAGCUCGGCGAGGUUAAAGACGCCCUGGACAUGGAGGUCAAACAGAACUUCAUUGAUCCACUCCAGAACCUCCACGACAAAGACCUCAAAGAGAUACAGCACCACCUGAAGAAGAUGGAAGGCCGGCGUCUGGACUUUGACUACAAGAAGAAACGUCAGGGAAAAGUCCAGGAGGAGGAGAUCAAACAGGCGCUGGAGAAGUUUGACGAGAGCAAAGAGGUGGCAGAGCAGAGCAUGUUCAACCUGCUGGAGAGUGAUAUAGAGCAGGUCAGCCAGUUAGCAGCACUGGUCCAGGCUCAGCUGGAGUACCACCGACGAUCCGCCGACAUCCUCCAGCAGCUCUCCAGCAAGAUGGAGGACAGGAUAAAAGAAGCAUCCAGUAAGCCCAGGAAGGAGUACACGCCUAAACCCAGAACGACCCUGGAGCUGCUGCCCCCUACUGAGAGCCAAAACGGGGGCAUACACUCUACCAAGUCUCCCGGACGAUCACCAGCUCCCAUGGACCAGCCCUGCUGCCGAGCGCUCUACGACUUUGAGCCAGAGAACGAAGGCGAGCUGGGCUUCAAAGAGGGCGAUGUUGUCACUUUGACCAAUCAGAUCGAUGACAACUGGUACGAGGGCAUGAUCCACGGCCAGUCUGGCUUCUUCCCCAUCAACUACGUGGAAAUCCUGGUUCCCUUACCUCAUUAGGGCCCGACUGGAACACAGCCUGUGUUGGCAUAACCGACAAACCCCACCCCUUCUUCUACGUCGUUUCUUCUUCUACGUCUCCUGUGCUUCUGUGCAUUUCUUCUAUGACAACAUGGACUGAAACAAAAGAGGAGGUGGGGGUUGGAGAUGAGGCAGGAGAAGAGUGGGUGAUGGUUGGCAGCCAUGAAGAUCAGACUUUGGAGACUACUGGUGUAUGUGUACGUGCAUGUACGGUAUGUGUGUCGGUACGUGUUUCCAAACGGUUCUAGCUAGCCUGAAGCUAAUUCCUUCUUAUGCCUGAAACAUUCCUUUCUCUGUGCGUUUCUGUUGCCUUUUUCUCUGACUUUUCUGAAGCGACUCUGCCUUCUCUGUUUACUUCUUCAGGCCUUUCUGGGUCACUUUCUUCUGUGGCUAGCCCUGCCUUUUAGCAUUGAGUCGUAGCAACGGAAAAAUCAGUGAUGACAAGCUAAGAGUUAGUCAUCAUCCAGCUAGCAUGUAUUUGUGGUUAUCCUGUGGAUCCAAAUGUGGGUAAAACACAAGUGACGAAAGUUGCUCUCCUUAACCCAUAGGUGGCCCACAUGGACAUCCUAGUUGGGUUGAACACCUUGUCCAACAAGAUUACUUUUUGACACCAAGGCCCAGUGGGAAAAGUUAACAAUAUAGAACACCAGCUGCUGGUCUACGCUGCCUCGUGUGGUCAGUUUUUGUCACUAUUGCAAACCUGAACAAAGAGUUUCGAACAACAAAGUCCCAGUGUGCAGUGUGGUCAGUAGGAGGAAACUAGCGGAGGUGUAGACGACGUUGUCAACGCUCUAAUGCUAGCGGUGCAUUCGUCUUCAAGAGAAGUGUAUUUUUUCACUGCUGUUGUUUGGCGUCGUUGUGCUGAGGCUGAGCCUCUCGUACUCUCGCUGUCUUUCACUCUCAGCUUGAAGCCGCUCGCAUGAACCUAAAAUCACCACCAGGAAAAUCUUCCAUUUGUGUGGGAGUAUUUUUUGGAGUAAACUCAUAUCUGCAAUAAGAACAGGGGAGGUCUGGGAUUUCAUCUGACAGCAGUGAAAUGCUAACACGACCAGCACAGUUGUAGUGAUCAGUUAAAGACGAUUCUGUCACUAUGACUAUGGGAAACAAAGCUUGUGUUGUUCCUACCAGUGAGAAGUCUGCAGUGUUUGUCUGUGUACUGUGUCAGAUUCCUGUUGGUGUUUGUUGUUUUGUCUUGUUUGUGGCUCUUGCAUGCAGGGUCGUGUGUGGAACUGUGGGAUAAAUUCUUAAAUUCCUGUGUUCUGAGAGUGUCUUUGGUGAAUGAACUGAUGACUGUGAAAACAGGCACAUGAUGAGCUAACAUACAGUAUUUACUCUCAUGUAUUCACAUUGUUUUAAAUGGCCUGACAUCAUCCCACAGGAUCAAUGCUACAAUCAUUUCAGAUCACGCAGUCUUCAAAUAGUGUGGCAUUCACUCAGAGGUUCAGGGUUCAAAUCCUUCAGGUCAGACUAACCCAUCAGGAUGAUCUAUCCAGUCCAAACCACAGGGAUGUACGUUCUAAAACAUUUGCAUCGUCAUGACACUGGUCUGAACUUAUAGAACUGCUUCAACUCUUGGCUCCUUUGAUUGGCUUCAGAUUUUGGACACACACCUAAAAUGUGCCCUGAAGUUAUGACAGAUGGGACGCUUUGUGUCCAUGGUACCAUCAGUGUUUUUAGUAAGGCAGUAUUUAUACAACAGAACUGGUGUUUGGGAGAGUAGUACUAAUAUUCACAUGUGGUCCAUUAGUACUCCAUUAGAUUCAGCCUCCUGUUAACAUGCAGCAAAUCAAGUAUUGGACAGAGGACACCCACUGAGAAAAAGGAAUCAAGCCGAGGAGGGGCGGGGGGCGGGGGGGGGGUAACUCAACAAAAGUACAGAAAGGGGGCGCUGCAGAACACGUUAGGUUCCCAGAGCUUGGACACAAACAGACAUUAAGUGUUGACAGACAGAUGCCGUUUUAAGAAGACUUUUAUUUUGAAAGUGGUGCGCUGUCUUUUCAACGUGGACCUUUAGAAACCACAGAUUUGUUUCAAAGAAAUGUUUAACAGAAAUCUAAAUGUCAGAUGACAUCAUCGGUUCUAACGUGUUCUCACACUGCACCUACUACUUUACCAUCCUUGUUCCAUGUUGGAUGGAUUCAGCAGCUCUACUUCAUAUUAAAGGUCACAUGAUGUGUGUUUCCUGUUCCUGUGUAUGUAACCACAGUAAUAACUUUACCUGUUGAAAGGUGAAGAGGACACACCAUGAACGCGCGCACGUGUGUGUGUGUAAAUUGCAUGCUCUUUAGUUGACUUCAAGUCCAUCUCCCGUUUGUACAAAUGUAAAAGUGUUUUACAAGUUUCAGGAACCUUCUAGAAACUUUUUUUUUUUGCUGACGUUGUCCUUUUUUCUUUGCACAAAGUGUGGUCUCACCUCAUUGAAGGGUAAUCCCAGUGUUAGCGCAUUAUGACCAUGGCCACGUCAGCUUCCUCCCGCAUCAGCAACAGUCGACCGGCCCCAAAAUGAAAACUAAAAGCACGUUUCUGCUGCAGCAAUUACUAAAAUGGACUGGAACAGUUGUAGGAAACAGAAAUAGUCUUUUGCUCCUGUGAAGUCUCUCCUUGAGAGAUAGCCUUUUCAGUGAGUACCGCAAACUGGUCACACUAAAGAACAAUUUUUGAGGAACAGGGAGAGAAACCAAUUGUUUAGUUUAAUAUUAGUUUGGGUAAUUGGGAUUGAAUCAAGGUUUAGUGUAAAUGUUAUCUUUAAAGUUUUUGUCCUACCUUUUUAGCGACUAGUCUAAACCAAAAGUUCUGUAAAAAAAAAAAAAAACAACAACUUGUAGUUGAAGUUCUUUCCAGUCUUAGCGUUCUACGAUGCUGGUCUUGGCUGAUGUCGGAGGUGAAGUGACGUGGCUAUAGAAUAGUGCCCUCUGGUGUUUGUUAGAGUGAGCACAUAGGCAACAUUUUGCUCAUUUUAAAGUGAAUUAAUUACCAAUAUUUAUUUAUUUAUGUCUAUUUAUUCCUGCGUCUCUUAUUGGAUUAGCACCUGUGGUGUUGUUGAAUACUGUCAAAAUAUUUCAAGUAUGUUGAGUGUGUGAGGAUCGGGGUGGGGGGUAUGGUGUGGGGCCAUCUCUGGGAGCAAGAAAGUAGCUGUUGUACUGUUACUCUCCCUGUGUUGGACAUUUGCGUAAUAUUUGACCACUGUACGUGAAACUGCUUGUCGUGAAAAUGUAACAAUAAAAAAAAUUAAACGGAC